AUUGAAAAUCUUAUCCAUGUCAGCGCUCACGGGUCCUACAGAGAAAGCUACAAGAGGAAGAGAUGUUUACACUUACUUGGCGUAGAUUUGUUCUCCUUUGUGAAAGAUGUAAGAAAAGACUUUUCGAUGAUUAAUGAAUCCUUUGUUCAAAACUCAGGCAGCCACAAGAUGUUCCAACCACUUUUUACAACCGCUAACUCUGCGCCACGUGUCCAUCUCCAAAGAUGCUAUCUUUACCCUCUCAUCAGUCUCACCCUCCACCCCAAGAUGAUUGAUAUAGUAGUCUCAUUAGCCUUCCCUCCUUUCUAAAAUUACAAUCACAAUCUCUCUCUCCUUUUUGCCACUUACCAAAAACUUACUAUAAUGUUGAAAGAAGAGAGCAACGAGAGUGGCACUUGGGCACGAGCAUGUGACACUUGUCGUUCAGCCGCCUGCACUGUCUACUGUGAAGCUGACUCUGCCUACUUGUGCAACACCUGUGAUGCUCGUGUUCACGUUGCCAAUCGUCUUGCUUCCCGCCAUGAACGUGUUCGUGUCUGCCAGUCAUGCGAGUCUGCCCCUGCUGCCUUUUUCUGCAAAGCCGACGCUGCCUCUCUCUGCACAGCCUGUGAUGCUGAGAUCCAUUCCGCUAACCCUUUAGCUAGACGCCAUCAACGAGUUCCCAUCCUUCCCUUAUCUGCAAACUCUUGCGAUUCCAUGGCCCCAAGCGAGGCUGAUGAUGCAGAUAACGAUGAGGAUGAUCGAGAGGUGGCUUCCUGGUUACUGCCUAAUCCAGGGAAAACCAGCGGUAACCAGAACAAUGGCUUCUUGUUUGGUGUUGAGUACCUUGACCUUGUGGAUUACAGCUCCAGCUUGGACAACCAAUUCGAUGAUCAUCAGUACAGCCAAUACCAGCAGAGCUUUGGAGGAGAUGGAGUUGUGCCACUUCAAGUUGAAGAAUCUACAAAUCACCUGAAACAAAGCCAACACAACUUUCAGUUGGGCAUCAACUAUUCAGGAGCUCACUACAACUCCUCCAUAAAGGACCUAAACUAUAGCGCAUCCGUUUCAUCAAUGGACAUCAGUGUUGUGCCAGAGUCAACAGCAAGUGACAUAACAGUCCACCACCCAAGAACAACUAGAGAGACUAUAGACCAACUAUCUGGUCCUCCUACUCCGAUGGUGCAACAGCUUACUCCAAUGGAAAGGGAGGCUAGGGUCCUGAGAUACAGAGAGAAGAAGAAGACAAGGAAAUUUGACAAGACAAUAAGGUAUGCUUCAAGAAAGGCAUAUGCAGAGAUACGACCAAGAAUCAAGGGCAGAUUCGCAAAAAGGAUAGAAAUUGAAGCUGAGGCUGAAGAAAUCUUCUCAGCAUCGCUAAUGUCUGAGACUGGAUAUGGAAUUGUUCCUUCCUUCUGAACUACUAUGGUGAAGAUGGACUAGACUGCAUGCUGUAAAUUACUUCUAUUUUGGAUGCCUACAAGUUAUUACCACAGUUACGCAUAUGAAUCCUAGUUUUGUUAAUUUUGUCUAAACUAUUAUGAGUUAAUUAGAUAUGUUCCUAUUAGCUGCACUAGUUUAAGGAAAGCAACAUUUCUCUACAUAGUUUAAAAAUGAAACUGGUGAAAUCUUAUUAUC